CUUUCACCGCGCUGCAUUCUGGGAAACCCAGUUUAUUUCUGGUUUGGGAACGAUGGCAGGCGUGCAGCCGCCUCCCCUACGCAGCCUGGAUGAUUUUCUGCUGAGCUCGGCUCGUUUUGCGGUGCCAGAUGUGCGGGACCUGGACCGCUGGAACAACCGCAUGAUCAACAACCUUUUGUAUUAUCAAAGCAAUUACUUCCUGUCCGCGCUGAGCGUCCUGCUCCUUGUGGGGUAUUUCCAGCCCAUCCAGAUGUUUGUUGGGAUGACGGUGGUCACCGCGUUGUUCCUGGGUUUCGUCUGGGCUGCGGAGAACAAAGCUCCCAUCCGCCGUUUCCGUAGAAACCACCCAUUAUUGGCUGUGCUCGCCAUUCUCUUGGCCAGUUACCUCUUCAUAUCGGUGUUGGGAGGAGUGACUGUGUUCCUGUUUGGAAUAGCAAGCCCAGUACUGAUGGUUCUGGUCCAUUCGUCGAUGAGGCUGCGGAACCUAAAGAACAAGCUGGAGAACAAACUGGAGAGCAUCGGCCUGAAGCGGACCCCCAUGGGGCUCCUGCUGGAGGCCCUGGGGCAGGAGCAGGAGGCCGGCUCCUAAACGCCCAGCAGGGGUAAAGGUUCACCUCUUCUUUAUUUUCUGAUCAGAAACCAGAAGAAAAUUGACCAAAUUGGACAAGUUUUAUAGUUUGACAAUUUUUGCACAUGUGGUUAUGGAGUGAAGGACUGAAGGUGUUUCCCUUUUUAUUGUGAAACCAUUUGUAGUUUCAUCUGUUGUUCUACCCAACUGGUCUAAACCGCCUUAUGUUAAUGUUUACAGAAUUUACCAAUGGAACAAAAAAUCAUUUUGCAUGAAUACAUCAUGUUGUAACAAUGAAGGAGCAAACAGGCUAGACAAGUGAUUUCCAACCUGGAACUUGAACUAGACCUCCAAACACCCUGAGUGUCCAGAGCCGUUUCUCAGCUGUUGCACCACACACACACACACACACACACCUACCCCCCCCCCCCCACACACACACCUACCCACACACACACACAACAACUAAGAACUCUAUGUGGAGUAGUGGCUGGCUGCUUAUUAAUGUAGUUUUAGAUAAUGAAGAAGAUUCCAGCAGAUCAGCCAGUGUGAUCACAGAUCACUGAUCAAUGACCUUCUUAAUUGCUGAUAAUUUCUUUUUUGACAAAGACAUUUCCUCUUCCCAUCUGUGAUACUCUGUAAUGGAAGCAGGAAAUGGUGAUCCUCUGAUAAACCUUCAGUUAAGCAGCAUGUGUUGAAGGUCAUUGCAAAUAUAUUUGUGAAGACCGACUAACAGGACACUGCCCCCCCCUCCCCCCAU